GCACAAAUUUGGCGCUGCUUUAUCCGGGUACUUCAUUCGCUUCUUCCUUUCGCGCCGGGUAACCGGAGAGCCGUGCGUCCAUGUGCGCAGUGCCUGAGAGCUGAUAAGACAUCUGAAAUUGCUUACAUCCCGAGCCGUUAGCAAGUUUUCGCGAUGGAUCCAGAGGUUUUGGUCGAGGCCCUGCGGGGCACCAUGGACCCCAAUCUGCGAGAGGCAGCGGAAAGAAAACUUACCGAGUGUCACACCCAGGUAAACUUUUUGUCCACUCUGUUGCGCGUCACAAUGACUGAUCAGCUGGAUUUGCCUGUCAGGCAAGCGGGUGUGAUUUACCUUAAAAACAUGGUAACCCAGCAUUGGUGCGAUGGAGAGGCUUCUUCCACAGAAACACCCGCCAAUAAAAUCCCAGAUGAAGACCGGCAGUUUAUUCGAGAUUCUAUAGUGGAGGCCAUCAUCCACUCACCUGAGCGCAUUAGGGUCCAAUUGACAACGUGUAUCCACCACAUGAUCAAGCAUGACUACCCCGCCAAGUGGACAACCAUCGUGGACAAGAUCGGCUUUUACUUGCAGUCCGACAACAGUGGAGGAUGGCUGGGCAUCUUGCUCUGCCUUUACCAGCUGGUCAAAAACUAUGAAUACAAGAAGCCAGAAGAGCGUCAGCCUUUGGUGGCUGCCAUGCACAUUUUCAUGCCUAUGUUGAAAGACCGUUUCAUUCAGCUUCUCCCCGACCACUCUACUGACUCUGUUCUCAUACAGAAACAGAUCUUCAAAAUCCUCUAUGCUCUUUUCCAGUAUAACCUCCCCUUAGAACUCAUCAACAGACAGAACUUGACAGAAUGGAUGGAGAUCAUCAAGACAGUAGUAGACAGAGAUGUCCCCCCGGAGACGAUGCAAGUUGAUGAAGAGGAGCGACCCGAAUUGCCCUGGUGGAAGUGUAAGAAGUGGGCCCUACACAUCUUGGCUCGGCUAUUUGAGAGAUAUGGAAGCCCAGGCAACACAACCAAAGAGUACACAGAGUUUGCUGAUCUUUUCCUAAAGGAAUAUGCAGUACCAGCACAGCAGGUGCUGCUUAAAGUCUUGUAUCAGUAUAAGGAACAGCAAUAUGUGGCUCCUAGAGUCCUCCAGCAAACACUCAAUUACGUCAACCAAGGGAUUGCUCAUGCUCUCACAUGGAAAAACCUCAAACCACACAUUCAGGGCAUCAUUCAAGAUGUGGUUUUCCCCCUCAUGUGUUACACAGACAGUGAUGAGGAGCGCUGGCAAGAAGACCCCUAUGAGUACAUUCGCAUGAAGUUCGAUGUAUUCGAGGACUUCAUUUCUCCUACGACAGCUGCCCAGACGCUUCUCUUUACUGCCUGUAACAAAAGAAAGGAGGUGCUUCAAAAGACAAUGGGCUUCUGCUACCAGAUUCUAACUGAUCCUGCCACUGACCCCAGGAAAAAAGAUGGGGGCCUCCACAUGAUAGGAUCUCUGGCUGAGAUCCUGCUUAAGAAAAAAAUUUAUAAGGACCAGAUGGAGUUUAUGCUGCAGAAUCACGUCUUCCCCCUUUUCCGUAAUGAACUGGGCUACAUGAGAGCCAGAGCAUGCUGGGUGCUUCAGUAUUUCUGUGAGGUGAAAUUCAAAAGUGACCAGAACCUGCAAACUGCUUUGGAGCUUACCCGCAUCUGUCUAAUCAAUGACAAUGAGAUGCCUGUGAAGGUCGAGGCUGCCAUUGCUCUGCAGGUUCUCAUCAGCAACCAGGAAAAAGCCAAAGAAUACAUCACCCCCUUUAUUCGGCCAGUUAUGCAAGCUUUGCUGCAUAUUGUCAGGGAAACUGAAAACGAUGAUCUUACCAAUGUCAUACAGAAGAUGAUCUGUGAAUACAGUGAUGAGGUGACUCCCAUCGCAGUGGAGAUGACGCAGCAUUUGGCUAUGACGUUCAACCAGGUGAUUCAGACGGGGCCUGAUGAGGAAGGAGGAGAUGACAAGGCUGUUACAGCUAUGGGCAUCCUCAACACCAUCGACACAUUGUUAAGUGUGGUGGAGGACCACAAAGAGAUCACACAGCAACUGGAAGGCAUCUGUCUGCAGGUGAUUGGCACUGUGCUGCAACAACAUGUAAUGGAGUUCUAUGAGGAAAUUCUGUCUUUGGCUCAUAGCCUGACUUGCCAACAGGUGUCACCACAAAUGUGGCAGCUGCUUCCAUGGGUCUAUGAAGUCUUCCAGCAAGAUGGAUUUGACUACUUCACAGAUAUGAUGCCUCUGCUUCACAACUAUGUAACAGUUGAUACAGACACGCUCCUCUCUGACACCAAAUACCUGGAAAUUAUGUAUGAAAUGUGCAAGAAGGUCCUGACAGGUGAUCCAGGCGAAGACCCUGAGUGCCAUGCAGCAAAGCUUCUGGAAGUAAUCAUACUGCAAUGCAAAGGUCGUGGCAUUGACCAGGUUGUGCCCCUGUUUGUGGCUGCUGCACUGGAGCGUUUGACAAGGGAGGUAAAGACCAGUGAGCUGAGGACAAUGUGCUUGCAAGUGGCCAUUGCUGCACUUUACUACAGUCCCCCUUUGCUGCUCAACACUUUAGAGAAUCUGCGAUUCCCCAACAACACUGAGCCAAUCACAAACCACUUCAUCAGCCAGUGGCUCAAAGAUGUUGAUUGCUUUCUUGGGCUUCACGACAGGAAAAUGUGCAUCCUGGGCUUAUGUGCCCUCAUUGACCUCGAGCACAGGCCCCAGGCCAUCAAUCAGGUGGCUGGGCAGCUUCUUCCAGCAGCUAUCCUGCUAUUCAGCGGCCUCAAGAGAGCGUAUGCCUGCCGUGCGGAACACGAGAAUGAGGACGACGACGAUGACGAUGAAGACGGGGAAGAGGACGAUGAUAAUGCUGAGCUCGGCAGUGAUGAGGACGACAUUGAUGAUGAAGGUCAGGAAUAUCUAGAGAUGCUUGCCAAGCAGGCAGGAGAGGAUGGAGACGACGAAGACUGGGAGGAAGACGAUGCUGAGGAGACGGCACUAGAGGGUUACACGACCGCUGUAGAUGAUGACGACAACUUUGUGGACGAGUAUCAGAUCUUUAAAGCCAUACUACAAAAUAUUCAGUCACGUGACCCAGCGUGGUACCAGGCGCUAACUCAAGUCCUUGAUGAAGAGCAAGGCAAACAGCUUCAUGACAUUGGUACACUUGCAGACCAGAGACAGGCAGCACACGAAUCCAAGAUGAUUGAGAAACACGGCGGGUACAGGUUCACAGCGCCAGUGGUACCACCUACUUUUGACUUUGGAGGCACUGCCCCAGGAAUGAAUUGAGUCACCCGCUCUUCUUUUUAUUACUCUGUGACUGAUUGUAGUGAAGUGAGAAAAAAAGCUUGUGUUUUUCCCUUAAGUAGUGGUUCCAGAACUGGUUCUUCUCCGUCAUUCUUCAAUUUUAUCAAAUGGGGAAACAGGACGAGAAAACGUGGGAGAGCAACCAAAAUGCAACCAAUGGCUGGGGGAAACAAACAAACCAAGAACUUGAGCUGCGAUGCAAGAGGAAAUGCUCUGAACAACACUGUCUUCUGGAGUCCAGGAGGGGCGACUGUCACGACAACAAUGCGCCUGUUUAUUUCCCACUUAAACAAAAUUGAGGGAUUAACAUUUAAGGAAUUGAUAAUGGGACUAAAUAUUACAUUAUCACUGUCGUGGCCACACGGCCGUAAUAAGAUAAUUCCUCUGGUAGUGGUUGUUAACUCUUGUUUUCUGCAUAAACAAUCUAGUUUAUGUACAUACAAGCCAAGGUUAUUGAUUUUUUUCAAGUAGCCUUGAAAGGCAACCAGAGGCAUUUAUAAGGUGUCAACUGUAUUCAUAUGUAGCAUAUUGGAUACUUCAUAGCGCUAUGUGAUGCCUGAUCUCUGUAAAUUAAUGACUAGCACUUUCAUAUUGUUCAGGUCUCCUAGCCUUCUGUAUCAGACUGCAUUUUUUUAAAUUGAGGACUAUUUAAACUGAACUCAGCUGUAAAUCUUGUUACUUUGCGAGCGACUUGAGCCAUGGCUGGUCGUCUGCAUCCAGAGAAGAUUAAGGGGCUAACAUUAGAGAUUGUGCAAGAAGAGAAUGUUCUCUGUGUUCAGUAUGGCUACAGGACGUGUUGAUGAGCACUGAAAGUACAAUUGAUUACAUUACUGAAGCAUGUACAAUUGAACUUCGCGCGAAAGUCUCAAGCUUUUGGUUGGUGUAUGGAUGAACCAUCUAUAUAACAACAUAUUAAAAGAAAAAAAGCUAAGGGAUUGUAUGAUCAGUGUUUUUCAUUACACCAACAUUUUAUGUUUUAAUUUACACUAUCAUUAAAAUCCAUAUACUCACCUGUG